AUGACAAUCGCAGGGCUUUAAUGGAGUUGCCUCACAUAGCACAUUUGAGAAGAAAUUUUCUGCAAAGAUACAUUGUUCUCCAUGCUGGAUCAGAAGAAGGGUUUAUAAAGGAUGCUGGCUUGUUAUUUAAAUCCAAGACAAGCCAGGGGGAUUAUCAUGGUGACAUGAAUUCAAUUAACUUUGAAAAGUGGCUGCAUCAACAAUUAUUACCAAAUUUGAAGAAACCUUCAUUAAUAAUAUUAGAUAAUGCGGCAUAUCACAGUCGUCAACUAGAUAAAUGGCCCACCAAAACCUGGAAAAAGAGUGAUAUUCAACAGUGGCUUCGCUCCAAAAACAUUAGCUUUCCAGAACAUUCUACAUUGGGUGUGUUAUGGGAUGUAAUUAAUAAAAUCCCAAAAAAUGAUAAAGUAUUUGCGGUAAAUAAAAUUAUAGAAGAUGCUGGUCACGAAGUAUUGCGUUUGCCUCCAUACCACUGCCAAUUUAACGCUAUUGAGUUGGUAUGGAGUCAAACAAAAAGAUACUAUGACCAGCAUAUUCUCAAAAUAAAAAACCCAGAAGAAUGCUGGAAAGCAGCUUUGGAGCAAGUCAUUGUGGAACAAUGGGCAAAUUAUGUGGGCCAGUGUACUAAAUUAAUUAAGGACACAUGGGAGAAAGAGAAAUUAAUAGUUAGUGUCCAGAAGCCAAUCAUCAUAAAUCUAGAUGAUGACUCUGAUGUGUCAAAUGACGAAUGAGGUGGAUAAAUGAUGAAAGAUCUUUUUAUUUCUCUUUAAAGAAAAUGCAAGCUACAGAAAAAUGAACGAUUACAUUGGCUAAUUCCAUUUUGAUCAUACUGUAUUUGACUAAUAUUUAUUUCUUAGUCUCAAGCCAUUAUCAUUUAUUGAUACCAAUAGUAACACUAACCUUUCUUUUUCAAAUAUGAAAUUUCACUCUCCUGUUAAGGUAAACAUUUAGAGAUCUAACAAUCUGUAAUUGAAAAAGAAAAAAUCAACUUAUUUAAUUUACAGCUUUCAAAUUUAACCAUUGUUGUAAGAACGUCAACAUUUUAUAAUAGACCUUUCUGCUAAAAAAUAACAUGCUCUUGAAUAGUUGUAUUUAGAUAUUUUAAAUACUUUCUUUCUUUGUUCUUUGUAUUUUUUGCU